GUUUAACAAAAUAAUAUGUCUUUGGCAGGAAAGAGACCAGAUUCUCCCUCCAGUAGGAAGAGAUUCUGCGAUAGCAGGAAGAGUCCUUCAGGGAAACCGGAACCAGAGACUCCCAAACCAGCAAGACGACACCACUGUUCCCAUUGUGGAAAGAGUUUUACUAAGUUACGGAACCUAAAAGAGCAUGAGAGGACACACACGGGUGAAAAGCCUUUCCAAUGUUCCCAGUGUGGAAAGAGUUUUACCGUGUUAGUUAACAUGAAAAGGCAUGAGAGAAUACACACAGGAGAAAAGCCUUACCAAUGUUCUCAGUGUGGAAAGAGUUUUACCUUGUUAGUUAACAUGAAAAGACAUGAGAGAAUACACACAGGAGAAAAGCCUUACCAAUGUUCUCAGUGUGGCAAGAGUUUCACCCAGUUAGGGAGCCUGAAAAUACAUAACAAAAUACACUCUGGAAAGAAGUCUUACCACUGCUCCCAAUGUGGAAAGACUUUUAAACAGUUAAAGCACCUGAAAUCACAUGAAAGAACACAUUCAGGAGAGAAGCCUUUUCACUGUUCUCAUUGUGGAAAGACAUUUUCCCAGUCAGAGGACCUGAAAUCACAUGAGAGAAUAGAGAGGCUGUGUUCCGACUUAUGUUUCUGACUGGGAAUUUGUGUUUUUGUUUAUGCAACUUGAAGUCAUAUUGUUUAUAUGAACCCUUACUCACAAAUAAAUCAUUGUUUUUAUGAACCCUUACUCAAAAAUAUAAACCAAAUUGGUUAUAUGAAACCCCACUAACAUACAGUUGAAGUUUGAAGUUUACAUACACUUUACCUUCUCGGUCACCCAGG